GAGGUGACGUCCGAGAGACUGUCGAAUAGGAGCAGAGGACGUGGUGGGAGGGUGGAGUCCAUCGCAGAUAAUAAUCAAAUUAAUUAUAACCAGCUGACAGUGAACCUGGAGCUUUUUGGAGCCUGGUUGGUUCCAGCUUUCCUGAAACUGGCCUGAAAGACUGAAGUCCACAGUAAAUACACAGGAGACACCCUUCUGGCUGGUCCAACAUCUGUACGCAGCUGUCCAAUGACAGGCAGCGGUAACAGUCGACUGGACCAAUCAAAACUUUCUGAAGUCGUGAUAUAAAUCUAAAGUGUCUAUAACAAGAUGGCAGCGGCUGGUAACCAGGGGAUACCUAAAUGGGAGAGAAAAAUGCGGAUAUUCUUGUGCGUUUUUGGUUUGGUUCUGUCUGUUUAUGCGCUUCACGUCGAGCUGUCCCGAGAGAGAAACCCAGAUUACAGGGCGAUGUGCGACCUGGGGGAGUCUGUGAGCUGCUCCAAGGUUUUUACCUCUAGAUGGGGACGUGGCUUUGGUUUGGUCCAGUUCUUCGUGGCCAAAGAUAAUCCUCUGAACCAGCCCAACAGCUUGCUUGGCAUCAUAUUUUACACUCUGCAGAUGGGCCUUGGAUUGUCACUGUCCAAGAAAGCAGCAUUGUUGUUGGUCUUCUCCUCCUGGGUGUCAGUGGCCGGCUCGCUCUAUCUCGCAGCUAUUCUUGCCUUUGUUCUGGGGGAUUUCUGCAUGGUCUGCGUGUCAACAUAUAUUAUCAACUUUGCAUUGUUCUUCACCAACCUCAAACGACGGAGGGCAAUUGAAGGAAUGAAGGAAAAGGCUGGAUAGAGCGUGCUAGUUUGUGAAAUUCAACACCUUCUUUUUUUUCUGCUCAGCUGAAGCCACACUGGAUCUGAAAAGUAAAUUCUCUCCCACAGUACUUUUUUUUUUUUUUUUUUUUGAGGUACAGGACUGGAUGUGCAUCUACAGAGAUUUGUAAGAUGAUUUUCAGAACACAAACCUUAUAAAGCAGCAGUGAUUUUUGUAUAUCAGUUUGCAUUUUGAUGCCAAUUACACAUUUUUCAACACGA